CGUCUGAGCCAUGCGGUGGCUAUUUAGAUGCCAGCGAUGCAGGCUACAUCACCACCCCCGGCUACCCUCUGGAGUACCCCCCUCACCAGAACUGCCGCUGGGUCAUCACAGCCCCCGAGCCUUCGCAACGCAUCGUCCUCAACUUCAACCCGCACUUUGAGAUAGAGAAACUGGACUGCAGGUAUGACUAUGUAGAGAUCCACGAUGGGAACUCAGAGACCGCUGACCUUCUGGGGAAGCACUGCAGCAACAUCGCUCCUGCACCAAUCAUAUCGUCUGGUGCCUCACUCCACAUCAAGUUCGUAUCCGACUACGCCCACCAAGGGGCGGGCUUCUCGCUGCGCUACGAAAUAUUCAAAACCGGCUCAGACUGUUCCCGUAACUUCACCAGUCCCACGGGUCUCAUUGAGUCCCCAGGCUUCCCUGACAAAUACCCCCACAACCUUGAGUGCUCCUUCAUCAUCAUUGUCCCUCCCAGCAUGGAUGUGACCCUCAUCUUCCUCACUUUUGACCUGGAGAACGACCCCCUGCCAGGUGGAGAGGGAGAGUGCAAGUACGACUGGCUGGAAGUGUGGGACGGGCUCCCAGGAGUGGGCCCUCUGAUUGGUCGAUACUGUGGGACCAGGGUGCCUCCUGAGAUUCAAUCGUCCACUGGGAUUCUCUCUCUGGCCUUCCACACGGACAUGGCUGUGGCUAAAGAUGGCUUCUCGGCUCGAUACAACAUGACUCACAAGGAAGUCAGUGAGACUUUCCACUGUAGUAAUGCUUUCGGUAUGGAGUCAGGAAAGAUCACAGAUGACCAGAUCACAGCCUCGUCGAGUUUCUACGAUGAACACUGGCUGCCUCGACAGGCCCGACUCAAUUACCAUGACAACGGAUGGACGCCCAAUGAAGACAGCAACAGGGAGUUGAUACAGGUGGACCUCCAUACUUUAAAGGUGCUAACAGGCAUUGCCACCCAGGGCGCCAUUUCAAAGGAAACUGAAAAGGCUUACCAUGUCACCACCUUCAAGCUGGAGGUCAGCACCAACGGAGAGGACUGGAUGGUCUACAGACAUGGCAAGAAUCAUAAGGUUUUCCAUGCCAACGCUGACGCCACAGAGGUUGUUCUCAAUCGGAUCCCGCAGCCGGUCCUGGCCCGCUUCGUACGCAUCAAGCCCCAGACAUGGAAGAACGGCAUCGCAAUGCGGUUCGAGCUCUACGGCUGUCAGAUCACAGAUGCACCCUGCUCAGAGCUGCAAGGCAUGUUGUCUGGACUGCUCCCCGACUCCCAGAUCUCUGCGUCGUCCAUGAGAGACAUCCACGGCUCCAUGGGGGCCGCCAGGCUGGUGGCCAGUCGCACAGGCUGGUUCCCCAACCCAACACAACCCAUAGCUGGAGAAGAAUGGAUACAGGUGGACCUUGCUGUCCCCAAGACGGUGCGUGGCAUCAUUACCCAGGGUGCAAGAGGGCUGGAGGGCAGCACCGGUGCUGAGAACAGAGCGUUUGUCAGGAAGUACAAACUGGCCCACAGCUUGAACGGCAAAGACUGGACGUACAUGAUUGACAGCAAGACUGGGUUUGCUAAGAUUUUCGAGGGGAACGGCCACUAUGAUACUCCAGAGGUGCGCAGAUUCGAUGAGAUAGUGACCCAGUUCAUCAGAGUGUUUCCGGAGAGGUGGUCGCCUGCUGGGAUCGGCAUGAGGAUGGAGGUCCUCGGAUGUGAACUGCCAGAGCAGCUCCAGUCUUUGUCAUCGAUGACAUCAACAUUGUGA